AUGGCGAGGCGAGGCGAGAAUCGGAACGAGUCGUUGUUGACUCGGGCGAUUGUGGCGGUCUUCGCCUUCGUGAGACACGCGGAGUUUGAGAUCCUCUUCUUUCUUUUCUUCUUCAUUGCUUAUCUUCUCUUCAAAGACAUCACAUCAAGGCCUGAAUACAAUCAAUUGUUUGUAAAGAAGCCCGGUGGACCAGAAUUUUGGCCUUUUUAGACGAGUUUAUGUUUGAUCUGGUUGGAUGUCUUUGUCCAUAGAGGUAUUCUUAGUACGCCAUGCAGUAAUUUGUGGAUUUCCCUUUUGUAUUUGUAUCUAAAUGUAAGUUUGUAUGUGAAACAUGUGAGACUAAAAAGUUUGUACAAUUUUAUGUUCCAGUUAGUUAUAGCAAAGUUAAGUAUAAAGGUUUGCUUUUA